AUGUCGAAUGUCUUGAGCUCGCCUCUCCAGAAGGCGAGAGCUAUCAAGGACGCAACCGUCUGCGUCAGACGGAUGGGUACCUCCAGAAAGUUUGGAGGAGACAUGUUUAGCCCAUCAAGGAACUCUCGACAGAAUGUUGCCAGCGACGUUCUUUUCCAAGUUAUCAAAAAGCGACAUGACAAGCCUGACGUCGCGAAAGGGAAAAUGAUUGUUGAGAUUCUCUUCAGAACGCCUACUGCAACAUGUACGUACUUCCUGCGUGGCCCCUUACAGGCAGUACAUCCAACUCAUUAG